GUUUGUCAAUUGGUCGCCGAACAUCGUGGGGUGUGUUUCAGCCGUUUCGCCUGCUCAGCCGAGAGACGCGUCGCUAACGGUAUCGCACCGCAUAAAUUAAUUUAAUUAAUAAUAAAAAAAUAUAUAUAAAGAAUAUAACAAACGAGCUAACGGUGUGCGCCAAUAUAAAUACAAAUAAAAACAAAAAUUGAUACGAUUUGCAAAUUUCGAACACAAGCUGCAAAAUGAGGCAAACAUAUUUGGCUGUCAAUUGUGUUCUGCUGACUGUGCUGUGCUUUAGCUACGUCCUGCCCGCCACAGUGCGUCCCUAUAAAUUCGGCUUUACCAUCGAGGAGCAGCAGCAUCGUCGCGAGCAAAGAGAUGAGAAUGGAAUUGUAAUGGGCGAAUUCGGGUUUAUAACCGCCGAUGGAAUCUACCACGUGACGGUCUAUGCGACCGAUGAGGAAGGCAAAUUUCGGAUAAUUUCGAUGAAAAACUAUCCGUAUGCGGGUCCCGUAGCGCCCAAGAGCCCGCCGCCCACAACGACCACCGCGGCGACUGUGGCCAGGCAUCACUUUAAUACCGCCGCCUGCUCCGGCUGCUUUCUGAACAAAUCACCGCCGGAAGCGACGCAGCCAGAAGCGAUCCGUCCCAGCACCAAAACGGAGAUACGCCCGCUCUCGCAGCCGCUGUCCCCGUCGUCGGCAGCCGUUCAGUCGGGUCAGCAACCAUUGAGUGCAGUUGUCAAUGCGGCCGCAGGAGCGCUGCCAGCCUUGACAGGCACCCAGCAACAAGCAGCAGCAGGCGUCAAGCCACCCUUAGCAGACGGCAAGAGAGCGCAACAACCAACAGGCAGCAGCAGCUCAGCAGGUUCCAAGCCAAACACAGUUGCAGCUCUGCCAGCCGUGACAGCAACCAAGCAGCAAAGUCAACCGUCAAGCAGCGGCACAACAAGUAACAAUUCACCACAUCAGCCUGGACAGCAACCCGAUUCGUUAAGUGCAACAGCAAAAGCUUUGCUUACAAAACCCACCUCCGCAAAGACAGCAACCAAUGUGGGAGCGGUUGGUGAACCCGGACUCACAGGCGAUUUGUACAAAUUCAAAUAUCUAUUGGACUAUAAUGGACACGAGGAGACGGGCAGCCGGAACGGCGAUAAAGUGGGCAACUAUUUUGCCAUCGGCGAGGAUGCGGUGGAGCGUGUCGUCGAAUAUAUUGCCAAUGAGUUUGGCUUCCAGCCGCACAUUAGCUGGCGCAAACUGGAGGGCAAGGAGGCGGCGCUGCCCGAUGAGAACUCGCUGAAGCACUACGAAUUCAAGUGGUUCAACAAGGCAACCCAAUAAUUAAUUAAUCUAAUAAGUAAAUUUAUAAAUUCAGUAAAAAAAAAAAA